CAGUAGAGAGAUGGGGAGAAAAUAUCCAUCGAGGCACUUAGCUACAGCCAAAGCGAUGGACCACAUGCAUUUCAGAUGCUUGCAUUCAGAUGUGGCUGCAACGGUUCUGUAUCACGAAAAUGUAACGAAUACCGAUGUGAAUCUGGCUAUUGCGCACCAAACAGUCACGUAAUGCGUGUUUUAAUCUCAGUAUUUUGUGGUCACCGACUGGCAUAGUUAUUUUUGUCGAGACAUUUUGAUACCUCCGUGAAAAUAACGUGGAGCAGUGUUUUGCAUGGAGUGAUGAAGCCAGAUGCCAAUGCAGUGGAAUCUGAACCCGGUAGAGUACAGCCAGCGCGUGCUGUGGUCGUGGAGCGGAUAAAUGCCAUCGCGUGAAGCUAACCCCCACGAAGAGAACUCCAUGUCUUUCUUGGACUGCUCCUGCAUCUCCCCCACUCAGGUCCAGCCAAUCAGCAUAGAGGACCAGUAUGAGGACAUCAGCCACCAAUACCUGAGCUCUGACGUCUCAGAAUGCACUUUCACCUGGGGUGGUGCAGGCAGCGAUGACAUCACAGCGCUCUCUGCUAACUCCGCCCACUACCAGCUGCUGUCAGAGCUGGGGAAAGGCUUCAACAACCUGAGCCAGGUGCGCAUGGCGCGCCACACCCCCUCCCGCCAGCUGGUGGCAGUCAAGAACACCAACCUGGAUGAGUGUACUGAGGAUGAGCUGCUACAGUUGAUGUGUUUCCUGGCUGUGACCCCAGUGUUUCCUGGCUGUGUGGACCCCAGUGUUUCCUGGCUGUGUGACCCUAGUGUUUCCUGGCUGUGUGACCCUAGUGUUUCCUGGCUGUGUGACCCCAGUGUUUCCUGGCUGUGUCCCCAGAACGAGGUUCUUCUCUCCAGGAUGUUCCGCCAUCCCAACCUGCUGACCUCUCGCCUGGUCUUCAGCUCCUGCUGCCAGCUCUGGGUCCUCACACCACUCAUGGGCUACGGUUCGGCAGAUAGCCUGCUGAGGACGUUCUUCCCUGACGGGAUGAGUGAGUCCCUGAUCGCUUACCUCCUCCACGGAGUCCUGAAGGCUCUGCAAUACCUGCACCUCAUGGGCUACGUGCACAGGGGAGUGAAGGCCAGUCACAUCCUGCUGUCUGGGGAGGGCCGUGUCUACCUCUCGGGGCUGCACAGUGUUUAUAGUAUGAUGCGGGAUGGGAAGAAGGUGAGGACCGUGUUCGACAUGCCCCAUCACAGCCCCGCCCUGCUACCCUGGCUCAGCCCAGAGCUGCUACGACAGGACCUGCAUGGCUAUGGGGUGAAGUCAGACAUCUACAGUCUGGGGAUAGUAGUCUGUGAGCUGGUCAGUGGCAGGGUGCCUUUCCAGGACAUGCCCCCUACACAGAUGCUGCUCCAGAAGCUGCGUGGGUCCCACUGCUGCCUGCUGGACGUGGCCCCCUCCCCCCUAGGGGAGCUAGGGGGGCUGAAGGUGUCCCGCUCUGGGGUGGACUCUGGCAUCGGGGAGAGUGUUGCCACGGGCAGCCUGACCCACACCGCCACCGCCGAGAGACCUCAGAGCCCCGCCCCCAAGAACCACUCGGCCACCCUGCACAACCUGGUCCAGCUGUGUCUGCAACAGCAGCCCGACUGCAGACCCUCUGCUUCUACACUGUUGACCCAUGCCUUCUUCAAACAGGUGAAAAGGCAUCAUACCCGGGACUCCUUCCUCAGUCUCAUGUACCCCGCGGUGCCCCUUGGAGUUUCCAGCCCCGAUGACCCCCCUGUGUCCUGCACCCCUACCUCGUCCUGCCACCCCCCCACCUCCGCCAUCGCUCACCCCACAGAGGAGGUGUGGGACUUCUCAUAACCCUCCUCCCUGCCCCCUUCCACCUCCGCCCCCCACAUCCCAAAACCUGACAACCAAGCCUAACUCAAGACAAUCAAAACGAUCAAAAAACAGCGAGCCCAAACCUUUCUACUGUGCUUUGAUUGGACUUGUCCUACCCACCUCUCUGAGCCUUUCUACUGUGUUUGAUUGGACUUGUCCUACCCACCACUCUGAGCCUUUCUACUGUGUUUGAUUGGACUUGUCCUACCCACCACUCUGAGCCUUUCUACUGUGUUUGAUUGGACUUGUCCUACCCACCUCUCUGAGCCUUUCUACUGUGUUUGAUUGGACUUGUCCUACCCACCACUCUGAGCCUUUCUACUGUGUUUGAUUGGACUUGUCCUACCCACCACUCUGAGCCUUUCUACUGUGUUUGAUUGGAACUGUCCUACCCACCACUCUGAGCCUUUCUACUGUGUUUGAUUGGAACUGUCCUACCCACCACUCUGAGCCUUUCAACUGUGCUUUGAUUGGAACUGUCCUACCCACCACUCUGAGCCUUUCUACUGUGUUUGAUUGGAACUGUCCUACCCACCACUCUGAGCCUUUCUACUGUGUUUGAUUGGAACUGUCCUACCCACCACUCUGAGCCUUUCUACAAGUUUUCUAGGCUUUUAUAUGUUUGUUUUGAAAGUCAAAUAAGGGUCUGCAGGUGGAUGUUUAUUGUCACGAGUCUUGUCCUGGAGGCAGAACUGAGCCAUUUCCCCUUAGAUAGGCCAGCUGCUGGAAUAGGAGGGCGGGAUUAUUGAAGCUGCUCUGCCUGGAUCAUCCAAUGAGGAUCUCUGUUUCAUGGGUGUGGCUGCCGAUCGACGACAAUGACAACCAAUGACGUUGCAGGACAGUGAGGACACACCCCCAUGCCAGUGAAAAAGACCUAUCACUGGACUCAUAUGGAUCGUACUACGAACAGUAAUGUGAACUAUUUUAGGCUAUUAGACUGCGAAAGGGCAUAGAUAAUAAUGUGUCAGGGUUUGAAGAGGAAGAUAAUAGAUAAUGAUAUGUUAUGGAGUUGGAGAGGGUAUGAGUGUUAAAACACAAGUGUGCGAGCAGAGACGGUACGAGAAUAGCUAGUGUGUUAGUGGAAGUUCAAUGGUUAUCCCUCUAGUCUUGUGAAACCAGCCUGAUCUCGCGAUAGCUCACAUUCCCGAAGUGAAACUAAACGUGAGCUCAGCGGUCCGUCUGAUUGACCAGGCUGCUAUCCCUCCCCUGUACAACCAGUGAAAUCCCUGUGAUCAAAUAAGAACUAUAACACUACUGUGCUUUGAGACGCAGCUACCCUAUACACGUCCCCCUAGUCGUAAUAAACGUGUGGGAGGGUCCUCAAUUGUAUCGUUUUAAUGAAAUCUGUCAACUGUUUAUGAUACAUUUAUGUGGAUUAUUCUGUGAUUGAUGAUUAUGUGUAUGAGAGAUAUUUUAUGUAUCAGUGCAUAUCAAACAUGUUAUAGCUGUAUGAGCCAUAUAGAAGUGUUAUAAAUAUAUUCAUUAUCAAUUUUCUAAAA